GCUAACAACUUCACCACCAACCUCAUCGAUCUCACCUUGUGAACUCUGGCCAUGGCGCUAUAGUUUCAGAGAAAUUAGUUGCGAAAACCUAGGCCAUGCAAUCGAAAACCCUAAAUUUCACGACUUCAAACUUUAACCCUAAAAAAACAGAGAACCCCAUCUGCAAAAGAAGCAAACCCAAUCCCACCAUUUUUCAACAAUGGGCUUCUCCUCCACAUCUCCCAAGGACUCAUCAGAAACCCUAGAAACCACCCCACUGAACCCGAAUUCUCUCUCUACCCAGAUCCCCCCUGAUUCCUUCCACCUUGCAUACAUCAUUUACUUCAUCCUAGGGGCAGGAUUCCUCGUCCCAUGGAAUGCCUUCAUCACCGCAGUCGAUUACUUUGCCUACCUCUACCCUGGCGUCGCAGUGGACCGAGUAUUUGCAGUGACAUACAUGUUGGUGGCUCUGAUUUUUCUGCUGAUAAUUAUAAGGGUGGCCGAGAAAUCGAGGGCAUAUAUAAGGAUAAACCUUGGGCUAGUGAUGUUUGUUGUUUCUCUAGUGGUUGUUCCAGUUAUGGAUGUGUGUUAUGUGAAGGGGAGGAGGGGAUUGUAUGGUGCGUAUUAUGUGACGGUGGCUGCAACUGGAUUGUCUGGAAUGGGGGAUGCACUGGUGCAGGGCAGUUUGAUCGGGUCGGCCGGAGAGCUGCCGGAGAGGUACAUGCAGGCUGUUGUCGCUGGGACUGCCGCUUCGGGUACGCAAAUGGCUUCUGCGUUUUCCUAGAGUUCUCCAUUGGGGGUGUUUGUACUAUCUACUUGCUUCUUUAGAUGCCCUCUGUCUCUUUCUCUCUCAAAA